AUGGCGCUUGCUGUCGCAGCGCCCGUGCAAUCCGCGUCGCCAGCAAUCCUUUCCCUCGAUCGUGCGACUGCAAGCCGCGCCUCGCAUGUGUCGCACAUCUCGCAAGUCGCCACCGCGCGCGCAUUUCCGCGGGACACGCGCCUUGCGGCGCACCUCGAUGCCUUCGCGCUAGCCAGCGCAGCGAGGCCGUCCGCGCGGCAGGAGUCGCACAAGCACCGCGCAUGGCGCCUGCGAACCCGAGCCAGCACAGGCGACGAUGCGACAUCGCCGCAGGACGUACCGAAGGAAGCGAAGGAGCGAGCAGCGGCACAGGAGAAGGCGCGCUCACUGGUGGGUGAUCUGAAGGGCACCAGCAUCUUCCUCGUCGGCAUGAUGGGCAGUGGCAAGACCACCGUUGGCACAGUCCUCGCUGACCUUCUCGGCUACUGCUUCUUUGACAGCGACCGGGUGGUGGAGGCGGCAGCAGGGGGGGCGCCGGUGGCGCAGAUCUUCACAGAAAAUGGCGAGGAGGAGUUUCGAGAGAUCGAGACGCGCGUGCUAGCAGAGCUUUCCUCCAUGGGUCGCCUCGUCGUGGCCACGGGAGGGGGGGCUGUCACGCGCCCCGUCAACUGGAGCUAUCUGUCGCACGGGGUGACAGUGCACCUGGACGUGCCUGUGGAGUAUCUGGCAGAGCGGGUCGUGGCGGUGGGCACGGCUGUGCGCCCGCUGCUCUCGCAACCCACGCAGGGGGAGGGCGAGCAGGAGCAGGCAACACAUGAGAGCGAUGAGUACCACAAGACGUUGACACGCCUGGCUGGGCUAUUAGGGGAGCGCAAAGCACUCUACAGCAAUGCCGAUACCACCAUCUCCCUGCAAGAAGUGGCGAUGCGCUCUGCCUCACAAGUGGACGAGGUCACACCCACACGAAUCGCUCUUGAGAUAUUGGAGCGGUUGGAGCAGAUGGUGGCGGAGAGGCAGGCCAGAGACGCUGCUCUCAGAGCCAAGGCAGCCUAG